GGUCGCAAGGCGCCGAGCUCUGGUUGACGGUUGGGACUCCAUUUUGUUCGCCGCUCGUCUGCUCGGCGGUCGCCAGUCUCCGUGGCGUCUCCUCGGCGGAAAGUUGUGCAGCGGGCGGAAGUUUUGAGGACUCGGCCGGAGCUCGGUGCCUGAGUGUCCCGCAGACGCGCAGAGCGGCGGAGAUGCGGCCCCUGGACGCGGUGGAGCUGGCGGAGCCCGAGGAGGUGGAGGUGCUGGAGCCCGAGGAGGACUUCGAGCAGUUUCUGCUGCCCGUCAUCCACGAGAUGCGCGAGGACAUCGCGUCGCUGACGCGGGAGCGCGGGCGCGCGCCCGCGCGCAACCGGGGCAAGCUGUGGGAGAUGGACAAUAUGCUGAUCCAGAUCAAGACGCAGGUGGAGGCCUCCGAGGAGAGCGCGCUCAACCACCUGCAGGGCGCGGGCGGCGCCGAGCCCCGCGGCCCCCGGGCGGAGAAGGCCGAGGAGAAGGCGCAGGAGAUGGCGAAGAUGGCCGAGAUGCUGGUGCAGCUGGUGCGGCGGAUAGAGAAGAGCGAGUCGUCGUGAGCGGGGCCGCGGCGGUUUCCAGCCAAUGGAUUCUGGUCGAGUGAUGGCGAUUGGCUGACAUGACACCCUGGAGAAGCUGAAACCAGAGAGCCUUUUGUUUUCCCUUUUUUCUUUUCUUUUUUCUUUCCCCCCACCCUCUGUCUUCACUCUGUUCUCACUGACACUACGUUUCUGCUACGGUCUGCGGUUGACGACCUCGAUAUGAGUUUUUGAUUAUUCAGUGGUUCUUUUUUUAUGUUUGUUUGGGGGAAAUAACUUUGAUUUGGAAAAUGCGCUCACAUACGGGAAUUAGGGCCUAGAUUGUAAGCCCUUGUGGCAGUCGAAUGACGUUCGUUCCUGGGCUUUGGUUGUUGUUCAUGCAUUUUGAGGUGGUUUGCUCUUUCUUGGGUGGCCUGAUAGCUCCCUGGAACUUUGGGUCCCUGUGACACUUUGAGACUCGAGUUGGAGCUCACCGGCUCUGGAAGUUCUGAAGGAGCUGCAUUGAUUCUAGAAGACCACUCCAUGCAGCAAUGGCAGAAGAAGGGACCAGACUUCAUCUGGGACUGCGGAUGGGCCUUCCAUGGCUAGGACUGAUGACCUGGGAGAAGGGUCGGAGGAUAGUAUUGUUUCUAUUGGGGGGCUUUAAUUUCUGUGUGAGACCAAAGGAGGAGAGAUGUAUUUUGUGCAAAAUUUAAAUUUUAUGUGCUCCACUAUCUAUUGUAACCUGUCUGGUGAGUUUGGACAGCCUAACUCAUUUCUAAAUGAAAUGGAACCCAGAAUGGGAGAUGAGGUCUUGUUAGUCUGUACAAGUUGGUAUUUUAUCCCCAUCUAUUUGAGGAGAUCCUGGGAAUAAAAUGAAGAUCCCUGCAAAGCCCUUUGUGGGCUGGGAAGGAGAACUUGGAACUGUCUGCAGUGGACCCUAAACUUGGAGAAGAGGCGUCUUCAAGGUUCAUAUGUAGUCAAGCUAUAAGUGUAUUGAGAAGCAGACCUGAGAAGCAUUUGAGGUCAAAACCCCUACCAUGUUUGAAAAACAAAAUCUUACAUGUUAAUAAAAGUAUUCGUUUGCUUGAAAAGAUAUAAAUCCAGAAAAUUAUUAAGAAA